AAGAGCCGACACACUAGGAAGAUAGCCUAGCCACCAUGGAAAAUAGCGGCAAGGAUUACGUAGACCCGCCGCCGGCACGGUUGGUGGACAUGGAUGAGCUCAAGAGCUGGUCCUUUUACAGAGCUCUCCUAGCUGAGUUCGUUGCUACACUUUUGUUUCUUUACAUCUUAGUCGCCACUGUUAUCGGUCACAAGAAACAAACAGCCGCUUGCGACGGUGUUGGUCCUCUCGGUAUUGCUUGGGCUGUCGGUGGCAUGAUCUUCGUUCUCGUCUACUGCACCGCCGGCAUCUCUGGCGGUCACAUUAAUCCGGCUGUUACUUUCGGACUGUUCGUUGCCCGGAAGGUUUCGUUGAUUCGAGCAGUGGCGUACAUGGCUGCACAGUGCCUGGGAGCCAUUUGUGGCGCAGGUUUAGCCCAGGCAUUCAUGAGGCACGCGUAUAAUCGGCUAGGGGGCGGUGCCAACACCGUGGCUCCUGGAUACUCAAAUGGCACCGCCUUGGGAGCCGAGAUCAUCGGAACUUUCGUCCUCGUCUACACCGUCUUCUCCGCCACCGAUCCCAAAAGAAGUGCACGUGAUUCUCACGUCCCUGUUUUAGCUCCGUUGCCAAUAGGUUUUGCUGUGUUUGUGGUGCACCUGGCCACCAUUCCCAUCACCGGCACCGGAAUAAACCCGGCUAGGAGCCUCGGUGCCGCCGUGAUCUACAACGAUGAAAAAGCCUGGGAUGAUCAGUGGAUAUUUUGGGUGGGUCCGUUGAUCGGAGCAAUCACCGCGGCGGCAUAUCAUCAAUACAUACUGAGAGCAACGGCCAUCAAGGCUUUGAAAUCGUUCCGCAGCAUCCCCACAAAUUAGAAACGCCAUAGAGGCUAAAUAAGUGCACUUGUUAAAUUAUGUAUGCUGUAACUUUGUAUCAUUACUACUGCCUGAAAUUGUAGUUGUAUGAUUAUUCUUGAAUGGAGUAGGUAUGGGAAUUUGAAUG